AUGGUUGGACUACACAAAGUUGCAGUCGCUGCCAUCGUACUGGUAGAGACAAUUGUCUUUUGUUAUGCUCCCAAGAUCACUGAAAGGUUCUCCAUCUACAGGAACAAUUGGAUAAAUGAAAAAACCUUGAACAAUGCGACAAGCGGUGCAUUGUUGUCUCUCGCAUUUACCCACCUUCUCCCUGAAGGUUUCGGUCACGCGGGAUGUGACCUCGUGGUAAAACAUGUGGAUUUUAGGGGGUUUAUCAUGGGCAUGCCCAUCCUUUUGCUGGUAACCAUUGAUUUCUUCGCUGGUCACCAUUGUGGAACACAUUCCGUUGUGCAAUCAGGUGUUAAAUCUCUCAACAAUAGUUCUAUCCCAAAUCUAGAUGUCGAUGUUGAACUCAUGCAUCUAUCACACACACACAAGGCGCUAUCACACGUCAGCACCGACCAUGACUACAAAAACGAAGGUCACUGGGGUCAUGUAGAAUCAAUCUCCUUGAGAUUGAAGCAAUUGUUUACCUCCAGAGCGUUAUACCUGCUGCUCACAUUUUAUGCCCACUCCGUACUGGAAGGAGCCCUUUUAGGUGCGCAAAAGACGGCCGGAUCACUAUGGGGAAUGGCAUUCGGCAUAUGUGCUCACAAGUGGGCUGAAUGUUUGGUGUUGAACACCACGGCCACCAACCUAAUCACGUGGGGGGCUCUCAGGCACGCUUGCUCAAUCGCAUUCGCUCUAUGUAUACCCCUAGGGAUACUAAUAGGAUCUCAAAUAGAAGGGAAAUCGGAGACAACGCAAGUAGUGUUUCAACUGCUGGCGAUAGGAUUCUUCCUCUACCUAUCGUUUGAACUGCUUACGCACCAGGUAUCAGAAGACGAAAGUCAUAUGAGGUGGCCGCUUUGGACAAGCUACUUUUUAGGGGCCGUGGUAAUGGCUGCUAUUUUGGUGGUAGUAGAAAUGGUGGAACAUGGCGAAGGAAACGGUCACGGGGAUCAAGAGUCCCAUGGAUGUCCAGCAAAUGGAAAAAAAUAA